CUCGUGCAGUACCCAAAUUACGAAGAAAGAAUCAGAAUCUUGUCACAAAAAAAUAGUUGCAGUUUUCGUUUUUUUUGGAAGCGCUUGAUAAACAACUAGGGGGUAGAGGGGUGCUUUAAGAAAAGAAAAAUGCCUCCGCCAGGCAAAUCGCCGAUGGCGCGCACGGGAGAGCCGAUGAUGACGCGUUGCGCAUCGGAGCCGCUCGAGCGCUUUGGCAGCUACCAAAGGAUGUGGGAGUUGAGGCUUCAGCCCCAGACACUCAACGUCUACCCGAGUCAAUUUGCGGUGACUGACAUCAAGAUGCAAGACAAGCACCAGACGCAAUACCAAAGCUACGAGACGCUCAAGUAUUGUUUGUUUUAGUUUUCGUUGUCCCUUCACCAUCUUGUGACUUAGACUUCUAUCGAGGUGAUCUUGAUUGCAGAAGAUAAAGAUGUACAUCGGAAAUCAUCACAAAAUCAAUUUGUCUGAGGCAACACCGAGUAAAGCACACACGGUGUCUGCAUCACGCCAGUGACACUUUCGGGAAGGCCUACACCACUUCGCACGAGUACGGCUGGCACUACAAUAAGACGCAGCCUAAGCGCGAAGAGCUGUGGUACCCAAUCAGUUCCAGUCCCAUGACCAAGUUUUACGACAACCUGACCCAGAUCGGGAUCAAGCUCGGCAAAAAGUAAGGCGCCACCCAUUAAUUUUACCCCUCCCCGUUUCUUGCAAUGCGGCUCCUCUUACCGCGAUAUUUUUUGUUGUAUCAUUCAAUGUUUCUGCUGUACUUUUCUCCUCUGAUCUUUAUCCUACUCAUUCUGAUGAAACUCUACUUCUGCGGAACGAACACCUCAUCAAAGAUUCUUAUGAUUACAAUCAACGCACGUUUCUACUUCUAGUUGGAUCGUGAGAGAACUUUCAGUUGGCAAGAGCUACUGAGACCGGUAAAUGAACGACGAAAACGCACACAAAAGUUUAUUCUAGACUAAAACUUUCAUCGAGCUUCUUCUCGCUUCUAAGUUUUUGCUACCUGUAUUACGUGUGGAAUUUUGCCACACCAAAGGAGUUGUUUUGGAAAUCCGGAACUUACGAUUGGCGACACUAUGUUCGGCCAAUCAGACGCCAGGCGUGUCCGUGCGGCAGAGAGAAGAGCGACAGACCCC